CCGUGGUCUGAGCGAGGAGGGGAUGUGUUGCCACUAAGACUCAUCCACGGAGAUAGUGGCAGUUGCGCCGUUUGAGGGGACCUGCAUGCACAGAUAGCCUUUAAAAAUAACACGGGAUUCUUUAUCUAUUCAACAAACGAUGCAGUUCAACGGAAUUCCCCAUUUGCAUGUGUUAAACGCAUCAGAAGACUGAGUGCUCAAUCUUACUGCCAAAAGUGGCGUUGUUUGACAAGGGAAAAGGAAGUCUAACUCCAGAAAUCGAAAACUGUCUGAAUAAGAAGCCGUUCACUAGAAGGGAAGAGGAAAUGGCAUAUUGGCAAUUUACAAAUUCGGCUGCACUUUUUGCGUGCCCGUAAAAAUGUGGCGACACGCUCGUAUAAACUACUGAAUGGAGAUUAGUUUUGUAUGCUAUGGGAUAAGCUACUGAAGGGGGAAACAUGAGACCUUCUUUUUUUAAUUUUGCGAAAAUCAAGGAUUCUGCGUAGUCUGUUAAACCUUGAGAUCAAUACCUGGAAAAGGGACUCAAGAGAAAGAAAACCACAGGCUAUGGAAAUACGUUUUUGCUCCGCUGAAAAGGGGGUGUAAAUCCACAAAGUUUCCUUAUGAGUCUGAAAACCAUGGACUAUCGCUAUCACAGAAACAUAUCGUCGGAAUAAAUAGGCUAUAGUACAUGUUCUGCAUGAUGGAGACAUGAUCGUUCGUGAUUCAUUCGGAGGAAAGCUUUCGCCUUUAUGAUGCACGCGGGGAACUUUGUCAUCUUUCAAGGCUAGAAAUUCCUUUUUCUGCUGUGAGUGUGCGGGACUUUCGAAACGCAUCACGGCUUUUUACCUGGUCUAACCAGAUUGAAGGUAUGACUCGGUAGGCGGCGCAAGCACUUACCUUAGUGUGCAUUUUCAUGGGUCGCCUACUAAUACAACAUAACUACAGGAAGAAGGCAGGGUUGUCGCUUUUGUGUGUUUGCCAGCACGAUUUGCUGAAUCACACAAACCCUUCCGCAUUGACAUGAAACUUUGCUGUAGUAAGGUUGUGCGGCGAUAUUGUGCGUUUCUGGACUCCUUCGAAGUUUCUUACUGAGAUGAACAUACACAACCGGACACCAUGUUAUGAAUGAUAGAAGACUAUAGCCUGCUUCAUGGUGCUUUUUUGUUUUAUCUUUUUUUCUUAGUCCAACGAAAGCCACAAGGCACUCAAUACCAAUUAUCCGCCACUAAUACUAGUCCAUGCUGUGCAUGUGACUAUUGACAUAAACUUUGGUUCUUUUUGUAGGUCCUAAAGCUUCUUGUUACGCAGUUCCACGGUUGUACCGGAGAGUGCAAACGAUGAAGCUUAGCAGGCAAUUCACAGUUUUUGGCAGUGCCAUAUUUUGCGUGGUGGUAUUCUCGUUGUACCUAAUGCUGGAUCACCUACAAUUAGACCAUACCAAAAACCCAAGCAACGGAGUGGGCAGGUUUCAAAACGGCCAGCUCUCCAUCCUGCAGGAGAAGAUUGACCACCUGGAGAGGCUGCUGGCAGAGAAUAAUGAGAUCAUCUCCAACAUCAGGGACUCUGUGAUCAACCUCAGCGAGUCGGUGAAGGACGGGAGGGGGAGCCUUGAAGUGGGCAACCUGACCCGGGGGUCCCUCCCAGAACUUCUCGCCUCUCCCCCGCUUGUCGUCCCUAUUGACUCACAAGACUGCCAGUUUGCCACGAGGCCUUACUCCAAGUCUGCAGAUGGAGUGCAGAUGCUGGACGUGUAUGACCUGCUCACAUUUGACAACCCUGAUGGCGGAGUCUGGAAGCAAGGCUUCGACAUUUCAUAUGAGGCGAAUGAGUGGGACAGUGAACCAUUGCAGGUUUUCGUGGUGCCCCACUCUCACAAUGACCCCGGGUGGCUGAAGACAUUUGAUGACUACUAUCGGGACCAGACACAGCACAUCUUAAAUAACAUGGUGGUGAAGCUCCAUGAGGAUGACCGGAGAAAGAUUAUAUGGUCUGAGAUUUCAUACUUCUCCAAAUGGUGGGAGAACAUCGACAGCCAGAAGAGGGAGGCUGUCAAAAGGCUGAUCGAGCGUGGCCAGCUGGAGAUCACCACCGGAGGGUGGGUGAUGCCUGACGAGGCCAGCUCACACUAUUUUGCCCUGAUUGACCAGCUUCUAGAAGGACACCAGUGGUUGGAGAAAAACUUAGGAGUAAAACCAAAGACGGGGUGGGCAGUAGACCCUUUUGGGCACUCUCCAACGAUGGCUUACCUACUGAAACAAGCUGGCUUGUCCAACAUGCUCAUCCAGAGAAUACACUACUCUGUGAAGAAGCACUUCGCCACACAAAAGACCCUGGAGUUCUUCUGGCGUCAGAAUUGGGACCCAGACUCCAGCACGGACAUCCUGUGCCACAUGAUGCCCUUCUACAGUUAUGACGUCCCCCACACCUGUGGUCCGGACCCCAAGAUCUGCUGCCAGUUUGACUUCAAGAGGCUUCCUGGGGGCAGGAUCAGCUGUCCCUGGAGGGUCCCUCCACAGGCCAUCACCGAGGGCAAUGUCCAGCAGAGGGCUCACAUGCUGUUGGAUCAGUACCGAAAGAAAUCCAGACUGUUCCGCACCAAGGUGGUCCUGGCCCCCCUCGGGGAUGACUUCAGGUACACAGAGGCCUUGGAGUGGGAUCAGCAGUUUCAGAACUACCAGAAGCUCUUUGACUAUAUGAACUCACAGCCUGAACUGCAUGUCAAGGCCCAGUUUGGCACCAUUUCAGAUUACUUUGCGGCCGUCCGUAAAGCAGCUAGUGUUGACCCUGUGAAGAACAGCAGUCCGACACUGCCGGUGGUGAGUGGAGACUUCUUCACGUACGCAGACAGGGAUGACCACUACUGGAGUGGAUUCUUCACAUCCCGGCCAUUUUACAAGAGGCUGGACAGAGUGUUGGAGUCGCACCUGAGGGCAGCUGAGAUUCUAUACUCGCUAGCCUUGGCAAGUGUCCAGAAGUCAGGCAAAUUGAGUGAUUUCCCAUCCCUGGAGAAUUACAAAUCACUCACUGAGGCCAGACGCAAUCUCGGCCUGUUUCAGCACCACGAUGCCAUCACAGGAACUGGGAAAGAUUGGGUUGUUGUCGAUUACGGGACCAGGUUGUUUCACUCCAUUUUGAAAUUGAAGCAGGUGAUUAUCAACUCUGCCCAUUGGCUGACACUGAAAGGCAAAGGACUUUACAGUCACAAUCCUUCCACCCCUUUCUUUCACAUGGAUGACAUCCAGCCUGCUCAAGAUGCCUUGCCCCGUAAAACAGUCCUAAAGCUGGGAGCCAAGCCAAGGUCCCUGGUCAUCUACAACCCCUCAGAUCAAGACCGGUCGUCUGUGGUGACCGUGUACGUCAGCUCGCCCAGAGUACGUGUGCUCACGGCCCAUGGUCACCCGGUGGUGGCCCAGAUGGGCGCUGUCUGGGAGGGGCCCACCAAGGCCUCCAAAGAGGCCUUCCAGUUGUCCUUCGUGGCACAGGUGCCUGCCCUGGGCCUCAGUGUCUACCAGAUGAGCGAGAGUGGGGACUUCCGGACAGUUCCGGCAGCGGACUACACCUUCUUCAAGCAGGGGAGCAAGCUGUCCAUUACAGGGACAGAACAUUUCAGAGUGGCCCUGCCAGAAGAUGGCUCUGGCCACUUCACCAUAGAAAGUCCCCUCCUGAAGAUCUGGUGCUCCUCUGAAUCAGGCAUAAUGGAGAAAGUGAAAAACAAAGAAGAUGGUGCUGAGCAACACGUAAAGGUGGAGUUUUUAUGGUAUGGAACAACCAGCAAGAGAGAUAAGAGUGGGGCCUACCUUUUUCUGCCUGACGGGGAAGGGAAGAGUUAUACUAGCAGCAGUCCUCCCAUGGUUAGAAUAGCCAAAGGAACGGUCUUCUCUGAAGUUACUACUAUCUAUGAACAUGUGACUCACAAUGUCCGUCUUUACAACGUGCAAGGCAUAGAGGGCCAGUCUGUGGAGAUCUCCAAUACCGUGGAUAUAAGGGGGGAGGUGAACCAUGAAAUUGCAAUGAGGAUAACUUCAGACCUGAACAGCAGCGAUCGAUUCUUCACCGACCUCAACGGCUUCCAGAUACAGCCCAGAAAAACAAUGGCAAAGUUACCACUUCAAGCGAAUUUCUACCCAAUGACCACAAUGGCAUAUAUCCAGGACACUAGUGCUCGACUGACCCUGCUCUCUGGCCAGUCCCUCGGAGUGGCCAGCUUAAAAAGUGGGCAGUUGGAGGUGAUGAUGGAUCGGCGACUGAUGCAAGAUGAUAAUCGUGGACUGGGCCAGGGCGUCCAGGACAACAAAAUCACAGCCAAUAUAUUCCGUCUCCUCCUGGAAAAGCGAAACCAACUGGAUGAGAGAGAAAAGGCCCAGCCCGUGAGCUACCCCUCCUUGUUGAGCCACAUCUCCUCCAUGUACCUGAACCACCCCUUCAUUCCCAUGGCUGUCAGCCUGGAUUUUGAGUCCUUCUCCCUGUCGUCCUUCAGCCCGCUCGCAUCGUCCUUGCCCUGCGACGUUCACAUGGUCAACCUGCGCACCAUCCAGUCCAUGAAGGAGGGGGCUGGCCCGUCGGAUGAAGCGGCUUUGAUUCUGCACAGAAGAGGGUUUGACUGUGAGUUCUCCAACAGGAACACUGGGCUACUGUGCGUUACCACGCGCGGCAAGAUUCUGGUGGAGAAGUUGUUUGGUGAACUGACAGUGGGGAGUAUCACACCUGCAUCGUUGUCCCUGAUGCACACGUCUGACAGAGGGAAGAGCCUGAAGGAGAUCCAGCUCAAUCCUAUGGAGAUCAGCACGUACCGAAUACAGCUGAGAUGAGCCUGAGCCUCAAACGGACUGCCAAACACACUUAGACGAUGCUCCUCUUCUGUGUCCAACACAGCCAUUGGAGCAAUGCAAGAGCCACUAGGCCAUAUCUUCCAGUUAUGGAAGAUAAAAACAGUUGAGAAUUCUAGAUUUAAAAAAUAGAAUUUGAAAAAGGCUCUCUAAGCAACACAGUUGAGUGCAAUAUAGAGUUAUUGAAAGAUGUUUGCCCAGCACAGUCUCAGGUCCCGUCUUUUUGCGGAUAUUUAUUCCGCAUUUUAACAGGAAAUUCACUGUGCUGACUUUAUCUGGGGAUUCGACUUUUGUUUGUCUUGGAAUGAAUGAUGAUCUACUAUUGAUCUCAAAAUGAUGGGUGUAUUGUUCCUUGUCUUGAAUUGAAUGAAGGUGAAUUGGAAUUCCACAUGUUUCCCUAUGUGAUCAGUCGCACAUAGCUCAAUCUGUGUUCAAUGCAUUGUCAAUGCCAUGUUCAAUCAGUCUUAAUUGAUUGUGUCUUAAUAUGUAGGACAAGGAACAUAUAUUUCUCAAAACAUCCAACAUUGUCAGAAGCAGUUUAUUCCAAGCUGGCUAUGUUUUUAUUGUUCCAAAGUUAAUCUUGUGGAAAUCUGAAAUGUGCCUUAUUUCUCAAUUUCGUAACAAAACCUUUUCUUAAUGAGUCUUUCUAAAUGGUCUUUGUAUCUUUGUGCCCUCUUGUUUUGGUGGAGUUAAGUGUUCCAUACAUUAUGCUGUCAGUGCAAAUGAAUGCAGCUAUUAACCUGUUAAUCACAAUCAUCAGUAUGGGUCAAAUUUAUUGGCCUUUGUUUCUGUUUGACAUUUUCCAUAAGUUGUCAAAUCAGGUUUAAUUAAUUGUUUACCAAUUGAUGAAAACACUUUAAAAAGUUACCUGUAAUAAGUCAACAAGGCAGAAAAGGCAGUGACCAGUGUUGUCAAAUGUAUAGUUCAUUUUACCCUCUAUCUCAGCCAAACUGAAGUGUUUUCCAUGUUAUAUCCGUAUAUUUAUAAUACAAGCUGAGCCAUUUUAAUGCAUAGUACCUCAAGCACAUGGUUGCUUGCAUUAAUGUAGCAUACUACAUUUCGUUUACUGUGUUAGUUCAUGACACGUCCUUGGAUUAGAUUAGAAUCCUCCAGGAUUCAAAUUGACUCGGGCUGGUUUAACUCAUUCACAGGGGACAGUAACUGAGCUACAACAUAAAAUGUCACAAUUUUUCUUAAAAAUGUCUUGAAUGGUCAGAUAGGAAAUUGUAUAAAAUUACCAAAAAAAAAAGAAAAAAAGUAAGGACCAGCCAAAUCAAUUCAUUUUAAGAUUUUUAAGAUUUCAUCAGAUUUUUUUAUUUAAGAAAGGGUCAAAGUUUUUCAUUCCUUGAUCAUUGAAGUUAUUUCAAUUCUUACCAUAUUUGUUUAUACUGUUAGCUGUGCCAUUAAAUAAUUCAUCCAUCCUUCUGAAAACUGGUCCUUCUGAAAACUGAACCGUAAACAAUUAAAAUAAAUUGUUUGGUGAAUUCAUUUGGAUACAGUGUUAGAAAGUUUUUUUUUUUAAUCAUUACAUAUGCCAAAAACUGCACUGAAAAUCAAACUAUGCCAUAGUGUUCUGCCUUACCUGUAACAGAUGCAUUGUAUGAGUCUAUCUCCUCUGCAACACUUGUGGCUAGGCACAAACUUGCAAAAAGUCUGUCUUGGAGCCAGCAGUUAGCUUGGAAGGCUUGAGCAUUUUUCAGCGUUUAUAAUAAAAGAUGCCAAAGUUCACCUAGCCUGUCAGAUUUGAACAGAUUUUAUCUGUCUCUAAAGCUUGGCUUGUGAAGUCCACUUUGGCAGCAGGGGAAAUGCCUUAAACCAGUGGUUCUUAGUGUGUGGUUCAUUUGUUCCAAUCAAGAAUUAUGAAAAUGAUUUGGGGGAAAAAAAAAAGAGCUUUCAUUCUGCUCUUGAAGAGCAUAGGAGUUGUGUAAAUCUAUGAGAUCACAAUGUUUAUCCGUAAUGUGGGAAAGUCAAAGCCUCAAGUGAAGGCCCCUCCUUACAAGUGGUCCACAAAAAAACUUUCAAAAGUUGAAGAACCACUGCCUUAAUCUGUUAUUCUGGAAGAGCGAUUUCAUUUUUUAAGCUUUCUCCUAUUUUGCUUCUUGUUACCUUACCUUUCUUCAAAGGACUAUUUUUAAAAACAUUUCUUCCUUCAUCGUUAGGUCAAUGAGAUAAAUAAGACUAGCCCUGUCAAUGCAAUGCAGCACUGUUAAAGAUCAUAUGUGGUUAUUAUUUGUCUAUAAUUAAUAAAUGAGGAUGAAAACAGGUAUCAUUUUUCUGCAUUACAUCCUGUGGUAGUGGAGGACUCUCUUGAAAUCUUGGCAGAGACCAGCUAUACCUUGAAGAGUCUCCAACUGUCAUAAAUAAAUCGGCCAAAUCCCAUCUGUUGCUGCUGCUGCUACAUGCUUUUAUUGUGGCGAUUGUGGGAUGUCCUAUGGUAAUUGAUUUUGUUUAUUGUUACUAUGUUGAUUUCAAGUUUGAAAUUGAAUGAGUUGAAGCUCCAAAAUGGGUGAUCCUACUGCAAAACUUAAUCACACAAAAUUUAAUCACAUUAUGUAAGGACAUUGCUUGGACAAUGCUGUGAUGUUCUGUUGUUUCAUUGUAUUACGUCAAUGCAUGGAAAAUGGUUUUUCUGUAAGUACUGCGGGGUGUUAGAAAGUGAUGUUGAAUGUUGAAAUCUAGCUUUCUAGCAAUAGUCUCCUCUAAGGAAAUACAUGCCUUUUAAAAAGGGGGGGGAUUAUGACUUCUUAGACAUUCUCCACAGUUAUGACCAUGGUAGGAACUAGUUUAUAAUGAUUGUAGAGGAUUGGCAUAAUCAUAAAGAUCCUGGAAGUAUGACACUGUUCCCAGUCCGAAGUAUUCCUUGUGAUAUUGCCUUUUGAAAUCUGCAAGUAUUAUUUUGGGUGGGGAUCUAGGUAUAUAAUGUUGGUAUCUCUUUUUACAGAUUGCUGCUCAUUCAGGAUUUAUUUUUUUCUAGAAUUUUCUAUCUGAUUCAAAUGUAAUAUAAUUGAGAAAAUAAUAAAAGAAAAUAUUGAAAUGUU